AUGAUGCCGGAAAGCAUUGAUCCGUAUUUUUCCUACGAGGCGGUGUAUUCCGCAGACGGAAAUUAUUCCCACGAGUGGGACGGAUACCUGCCCAGUGUGGUCGAUAUGUUGUCGCAAGAGAUGGGUUUCUCUUACGAGUUCGUCUCAGACUGGUACGACCCGAUUGCUUCCUUCUGGACACCUCUUGUAUCAGGCGCCGCCGACGUAGUCAUGGUCGCAUUGUCGGAGCGAAUCGCGCACCUAUCCAUUGUGGGCGACUCUGUCGCGAUCAGCCAGCCCUUCUUCAGCUCGGACAACACAGCGCUGGUCUUGAAGACUAAGAAGGACAUGGGCCUCUGGCGUCUGUUCGAGCCUUUCACACCGAGCCUCUGGAUAGCAGUGGCUUGCAAUGUCUUCCUCGUGGGCAUGACAAUCAACCUUCUCGAAGGUUUAAGCAGUGGGCGGUUGAAGGGGGCCAUCACGCCCGAUGCCGUUGCCCAGUCGCACUACCACGCCUGGAUCGCGCUUUUGGGGGGCGAGGAUUACGAGUGGGUCAGCUGGCCUGGACGCUGUCUCCGCCUGGGCCUCCUGUUCCUAGUGUUGAUCGUGAUCAGCACGUAUACUGCGAACCUCGCAGCGUUCUUCACGACGCCAGUGUACGAUGUUCAUGGGCCUACGGAUUUGGAGUCGCUGAAAAGUGCGGUCGCUUGCACGAUCUGGCCCAAUGACUAUCACGCUUUCAAAGAUUUCGCAAGCGAUGUCAUAUACCCAGACUACAACCUGCCCAACAACGAAAAGAAGCAAUGGUGCCACGACGCCCUGAAGGACGGGCGCGCGCAAGUAUGGUUCGACGACAAUGCCGCCCAGAACGCCUACUUGCUGAAGCACUGCUCAGAUCUGUCGCUUGUGCCAGCCAUUAGCCUGAAGCCGAUGAACGUGGGUUUUGCGAUGAAUGUCACCAGCCGGGCCCUGGUCUCAAAAAUGAGCGCCGCACUGGUGCAUCUGGAGCAGCAGCCUCCGAUUAAAAACCUCCAGCAGGAUCUGUUCGGCUGGGGCAGGGUGUGUCCGACCGCUGUCGAGACCGACACCAGCACUGUCCCGGUCUCCUUCGAGAGCCUGGGCGGUGCCUUCCUCAUCUCUGGGUCUCUCGGCCUCCUGGCCAUCCUGGUGUCCCUCGCCUCCUGCGCGAGGAAGACCUACACGGGCGAGAAGGUGCAGGAGAACCGCACGGCGACUGAGGGCGAGAUGCUCCGGAGCCUCCUGAGGAAGGUGGGUGACCUGGAGAGGAGCCGGGGUCGCCCCUCCUGGGCCGAGGACGGGGUAGGCGUCGACCUCCUGAGGGAGACGGCGGACCUGGAUCGGGGCCACGGCGGGAAGGAGGGAGCCGCGAAGGGUAUCUCUGUCGUGGGGGUCAUGGCCGACAGUGGCGACUAG